AUGGAUGAUAACGAAAUUUCAUUAGCAAUAACGAACACUGACGAAAAUACAACAACAACAGCAGCAGCAGCAGCAAGUAUUUGUUCAUCAACGAAAACAACUACUCAUAUACCAAAAGAUUUAUUUUCGUGUCUGAUCUGUUAUGAAACAUUUGGUGUCGAUCAACAACAACUUGUAGCUUUAAAAUGUGGUCAUAUGUUUUGUGCAUUAUGCAUUCACCAAUGGUUUACGACAAACAAAGUUUGUCCGACAUGUCGAAAACGAUGUUGGCUAAAAGAUAUCUUGUAUAUUGAUGUUUCGGCUUGUAUUGUUGCUUAUGGAAAAAAGAAAAUUAAUAAUUUAAGUGCCGAACGUGAUCGUCUGAAAAAUGAUAUACAAACAUUGAAAAAUUCGAUUGCAAACACACGACAAUAUGUACGAAAAACUGAAAGUCGAUUACAAACUAAACGAAUAUUAUUACAUCGUUUAAAAUAUAUUUGUAAACGAAAGUAG